AUGAUUUUUACGUCCUACUAUGAUGAACAAAUCUUAAACGAAGUAAGGAAUGAAAUGACCGUUGCCGAUAAUAACAGCAAUGUAAAUCGAGCACAACGUCCACAAGCAAAACCCAGUAAACAGCUACCAGAAAAGGCUAUUCGUUUAAUGAACGAAUGGUUUGUCGAACACGAAGAUAAUCCGUAUCCCAAUCGUAACGAUUUGGAUUAUCUUGCAACGAAUGGUGGCAUUAAAGAAUCUCAAGUAAAAGCUUGGUUUUCUAAUAAACGCAAUCGAACACAGAACACACAUCCGAAACGUGCAAAACGUUAUCUUAUACGAACACAAGCACAACAGAAUUCAACGUUUUUGAAUGAACCGAGAAAAAUUCAUGUAGCUGAUCAGUUUGAACAGCGAGCACUUUCACUACAACAACAAGAACAAGAACAGCAACAACAAGCGUAUCCUUGCGCUCAAUUGUCUUCAACACAGCCAACAAAUUGGCCUUGGCUACCGCCAACUCCGUACGAUUGUUAUUAUCAGUAUUAA